AUGUUUAAGCUCGCUGCUGCUCCUUGGGGCUUCCACGGCUCGGAUAUCUUUGCCUUUGAGCAGGAUAUGAAAGUCAGGGCUCAGCAACGCUCCCACAUCCGACGCGAGAGAAAACUGUUCGCACGCAACAGCCACAAGAUUCCUUUCAACAUCAGAUCCACCCAGCAACCGGGCGACAUGUCGAGCGAGGAUUGGUCUCUAGCCGUUACUCCAGACGGGGUCCAAGACAGUUUUGAGGCCCAGCAGCUCCGGAACAGAUACCUAGCUGGCACCGCGGGCAGCCCUUACGCUGACCCCGAUCACGGCACUUUUUUCCAGAGAAUGCAAAGGUUCGAUGGUUCUCUGAACGGUAGACGACCAGUCAUGGAUCACAAUCAGACAUGGCAGUCCUUUGGGGUGGCCGACACGACCGACGUCCAGUCCAUGUUCGCUCCGAUGCCGUACCAAUACGACAUUUCCGCCAUUGACGGUCUUCCAAUGUCUGCUUCGCACAGCAUAUGCCACGGCAUGUCCACGUCCUCUCCUGUCUUCGCGGCGUCGGAUGUAGGCACUAGCUUUGGCAGUUUCUCUUCAGUCGGUGCACCCACAUUGCUUGAAUCUUGUUCCUUCAGCUCGUCAGACGGCAGCGCCAUCAUCACCAGCCCUUCAGACAAGUUUGAGUAUGCCAAUUCACCUUUCACGUCUUCCUCCAUGGUAACCGAGGACUUCAACGGCAUCAAGACAGCUCCCCCAUCACCGCCGCCGUUCUCUGAGCCAACCUCCAUCAUCUACUUCCCAACGCCGCAGGAGCAGCUUGCCGAGCAUCAGCGCCAGAUGGAGGGCCAGCAGGUGGCAAUGAAUGCAGUUGCCAUCGAGGGCAGCCAUAGCAGCUUCAGAGGAGUCAAAGCCGAGAAUUCCAAGCAGCAGAUCUUACUGUCGAAGCCUAGAAAGGAGCUUCCUGAGAAGCCACGUUCAUCACGAGCCGAUUCCAGCAGCUCCUCGCGACGCAGGGCUUCUCCGCCUCGCAAAGCUAUUCCAUCUACACACAAGACUGAGCUACGACCGAAGCAAUCGAAGCCUUCUCCGGCACAGCCUUCUAUGGUUGACCUCGCAGAGCGUUCGGCUAAGGACGAAUACCUGCUCAAAGCCAAGCAAGAGGGACUGACGUAUCGCGAGAUCCGGGUCAAGGGCAACUUUAGCGAGGCUGAGUCGACUCUUCGUGGGCGUUACCGCACUCUCACCAAGAGCAAGGAGGCACGGGUUCGUAAGCCUGAGUGGACCGAUAAGGACGUUCACCUGCUCCAGAGAGCCGUCCGCAAGUUCGCCAAAGGCAACGAUCCUGCUUCGACCAAGAUUCCCUGGAAGCAGGUGGCCGAAUACAUCCAAAGGAACGGUGGCUCCUAUCUCUUUGGCAACGCCACUUGCCGCAAGAAAUGGGAUGAACUCAUGUUAGUUGCCUCGGGGCACCAGGUGGGUGAUUUCGGCGCGUUGGAAUGA